GAUGUCGGUCUGACCCUCUUCCUCCCUGCAGGGCCUGCCACUGAUCGAGCCCAGACCCAGUUGCAGCACCUGGCCCCACAGCAGCAGGCACCAGGUGGGCAUCUGGGCACCCCUGCAUCCUGCCCUGGCUCCAUUUGGGCACAGUGCAGCGGGGACACUACCGCCCCUAGCCCUGCUAGGCCUGAGCCACUCUGGGCCCCAUCAGAGGGAUGAGAGCUGGCCUCCUCCACAACGUUUCUCAGUCCCUGCAGGGACAGGGGACCGCGGUGGGACCAAGGCUGGAGAGCCCAUCCUGGGAGGAGAGCCUCCAGCUGCUGCUGCUGCCAUCAAAGCUGCUGUGGCCUCAGCUCAUGGAGGGCUUCCUCCCACCAGCCCCACACCUCUCCCUCUCCCCCCAGGGCCUGGCGUGGCUUCAGACCAGGCACCUGUGGGCUUACUCAGGAGACAGGAGUGGGAGCUUCUCCACAACCUGAUGGAAGCCCUGGCCCAGGCCCUUCUCUCUGGGUUGCUGGGCCCACGGGAGGCCUCCUUCCUCCCACUGAAACCAAAAGGGUGCCGGUUGGCCACUGUUUGUCCAAAAUGCUCUCAGUGUGAGCGUUCCAGGAGCCCUCCACAGGCAACCAGGGCCUCCUGAAGGCCCCAAGUGAGGUGCUGGACCCAACCUAUGUGGAGGAGCCAAGGCACUUGUGGCAGAGCUGUGGGGCCGCAUGGGGGCCCUGCACUCCUCACUGGCUUCCGAAGGAAGGUUUUGCUUGCAACAGGCCUCCUGGUGGCCUCCAAGUCCCUUGGCAUUCCCCAUACUGACCCGAAUGGGAUCUUCCCCACAGGAAGCCUGCAGCAGCUGAUCCUCUGGGGCAUCAAGCACAACAUCAGCUGGAGCAUUGGCAUGCUGGGCAUCGCCAGCACCAGGGCCUUCCCACAAUGGCUUUUUCCUGUGCCUGACUGCCCAAGCCCUGAUGGGGGACCAGCGCCCAGAAGACAUGAGAGAUCUUCGGGUGCCACCCAGGGGCCCUCCCUGGACCAGCGCUCUCCAGCUGAGGUCCUCCUGGAGGCAGCCUGCAAUGGGAGCGCCCCUCCUUUGCCAGGGGUCUCCAACUUCACCCUCUAUCUCUACUGCCACCUCUUCAACAGCUCAAAGGAGCCCGGCCAGUCCCCUCUGGACCUGGAAGCCAUGUGCUCAGAUGCUGCCUGGUACCUUUCUUCCAUGGAGGGGGACUCAGUCUGGGCACAGGCCUGCAAGGAGACCUUCCCUCUCCAUUUCAACAAGACUGCCAGUGGCCAUGCCCCUCUGCUCUGGUAUUGCUUUCUGGAGAAGGGGGAGGGGGAGGAGGAGUGGUGGACCUUCUGGACCCAGAACCUCUUGAGCAGGCCUGGCCAGGGGGAGUUCCUCAAGGACCUGAGGCAGCAGCUGUCUGUCCUCUGCCGCCACCCUGGGCCAAAUGCCACGGCCCACCAGAGCAGCCAUUGGUGUGAUCCUUCCAUGGGGAUCCCGCAAGCCCCCUGCCAUGCCAGCUUCCUGGGCAAGCGUAGAGGAGGCCACAGGUGCAGGUUCUGGGCACUAGUGUGCAUCUGUGGGUCCCUCAUGGAGGGCCUGCAAGGGAUCCACCCGUGGGUGAAGCUUCAUUGCCUGGCCAAGGAGGAGGAAGGAAGGGCCUGCUGGUGUUGCUUCUGGUGGAUGCCAGGGAUGCCACCUGUUCCCACCUGGCUCUGUCAGCACGCUUCAUCCUUCCUGGUGAGGCAGCUGUCCCAGCUUGUCUGGUGCCCAGACCUCCCACCCUCCUCCUCCUCCUCCUCCUGCCCCCAAUGGGUCCCCAGUGCUGCUGGCUUCCUGCUGUGGCUGCUGGACUUCCUGCUUGCCUUGCCAGCCCUGGAGGAGGUGGGCCAGGGGGUCAGGCAGCCGCUCGGGCAGGACCUACUGCUGGCAGGCCUCCUGGGGAAUUAUUCCUCCUGGGCCUCUUUCCAAGCCCACGUUGCCCUGCAGGACGUGAGCUGGUUCCUUCGGGAAGGACAGGAUGCUGCUGCCAAGGAUGAGCUGCUGCAGUGUUUCAGUCCUCUGAUCUGGGAUCUGCUACAGAGCGGAGAGAAGGCCACGGCCCUGGGGUUCUUCAUGCAGGUGCCCCCAAGGGUGGUCCAGACAUUGCUGCAGUCAGCUGAAAGUGAGGCUGCCCAGUGGUUUCUGGCUCUCUUGCACCACUCCUGGCCUCAGUUACAGGUGUCUCCCUGGGAGGACCCAGUGCUCCGGCUGCUGAUUGUGCAGCUCUUGAGCACGCUUCCAAGGCUGAGUCCCCAGCUCGCCCUCCAGCUCUCCCACUUUGUUCCUGCCAUGACCGUGCCGGACAUCCUGCACUUGCCACCUGCCCUGCUGGCCAACAACAGUGUGCUGGCCAUAAUCAGCAGCCAGAGCGCAAGAAUGACGCCAGCACAGAAGCGGGCCCUUGUGCGGCGGCUCCUGCAGACCAGGCAGCUAGGGGACAUUCCUUCCUGGCCCUCUGAGUUCUUGCACACCGUCGGGCCUCUCCUCCCUCACCUGCCCCUCCAUCACUUCCUUCAGCUCACACCUCAGCAGAUCCAAGCACUGGCGGAUAGCUGGCAGGAAGUAGACCUGGGUGUGGUCCAGGGGCGUCACGUGGCUCGCGGUGUGGCCAUUGGGAGCCACAGGAGCACAGAGGAACUGGUGCACAGGCUUGGCUCCCUCAUCUGCUUUCUCAGCCUGGAGGAGCUGCACAAGAUCUCCGCCUUGCACGAUCUCCGGGGACCAGUGGAGAAACGUCUCCUAGAAUGUGUGGCCAGUGGGCUGCUGGACCCUCAGGGACAGCUGGCACACAUCCUGGUGGGGCUGCUGCAUCCAGUUGCUCCGGGUUCCCAAGAGCUGCAUGCCUGGCAAAGCCUCAUGCCUGCAGUGCGGGUGGAUCUCCUACAGAACUUGUCUGAUGCCCAGGUGGUGGCAAUUCUCCCUGACCUGCAAAUGGCACAACUGAGCCAUGCCCAGGCUUUCCUCUUGCUUUCCCAGGCUGUACAACUGGAGAAUGUGAGUGCCAGGAGAGGAGUCUGGGUGGAGUCCUCACUCUGCUUGAGGGGCUCAGGAGAAGCACCACAGCUCCAUCUUCCAAGCCCACUCUUCUGCUGCCCACCAGCUCCCUUUUGGGUGACGUGGGGUGGGGCUGGGCCCCUGUGCUCCCUGCUGCCAGGGCUGGGCCCCCAGAGCCUAGCAGUGGCUGUGCUUGCUCUGCUGGCUGAGGGCUGUGCCUGUGUGGGGUCCACCGUCCCUCAGCUCUCGGGCCCCCAGAAAGCAGCCCUGCUCCAAGCAUCCCUGCAGAGGCACAGCCCACAGUUAUCUGUGCUCAGCACCCACCUGGAUUGCCUUCUGCCCAUCCUCCCUCUCCAGCUUCUUCAGGUGGACACUCAGGCCCUGCUGGGAAGGGGUGGCUGGCACCCAGAGGCUCCCUGGGCCCCACAACAGGCCCAGUUCCUUUGGCAGAAAAUGGAAGCCAGGAUCAAUGUGACUCAGGAUGUGAUCAGGGCAAUGGGAUGCCUGGCAGUGGGCAUGUCCUGCACCUCCCUCCAGGCCCUACGGGAAAGGGCCAAUUUCCCUGCUGUCUUGGAAGCGCUCUACAGCCAAGGCUGCUGCCUCCCCUGGACCCUGAGAGGGUGCAUCUGGGAAGAGAUACAGAGGGAGCCGGGACUCACUGGCAGAGAGAUGACACAACUGGGGCCCCAGUUCCUCCUGGAUUUGCCGGCUCCUCUUCUGGACAAACUUCCUGCGGCGCCCAUCCUGCUAAUUCUGGACUAUGUGAGGAGAAAUCCCCGCAGUCUGCUGGCCGUGCCACCCACUCGGCGGGCAACCCUUGCCCAGCGCAGUCUGCAGGCUCUGAUGCCCCAACCGGAGGAGGGCAUCUCUGCCACUGUCCUGCACCUCCUUGGCCCCCUUGUGGGUUUUCUUGACCCCCAAACAGUGGCUCAUAUUGACCCUGCAAUGCUGUUGUAUCACCUGGAUGAGCUGCGUGAGGCAUGCCUGGAGGAAGAGAUGACCAAGGCACUUGGGCAACGGCUGGUUGAUGCGCUGGGGGAUCCUGCGCACUGGAGCUGGGUGGAGCUGGAGCAGCUGGGCCAUUUGGUUUUCCUGCUUCCUUUGGUGAGCGUCCAGCAAAUUGCCCAGGCAGCGCUGCAUAGGGACGUUGUGGAGCAGCUGCUGCAGAGCCAGAGGGCCUGGGAGGCGAGUGAAGGUGGGCGCCUGUGCAGCAGCCUCCCAGGAGCAGACUGGAGGCAGCGGCAGAGGUGGCAGAGGCGAGUGCAGGCCCAGAAAGAGGCGCUGGUGAGGAGGAGCUUGGAGGGGGACCCAGAAGGGUCUAUUCCCACUUGCUCUGACCUCCGGGCCACGUUUCCCUCUGCCUGGAGCGCAGUCCAGAUCCACACCAUGGACCAGGGCCAGUUCCACGACUGCCUCAGUGUCAUUAGCCAGGAUCCCACACUCAGCCCAGAUCAGGGUCAAGCUGCCCUCCACAAAGCCAAGCAGGUCCUGGGGCCUGUGAGGGCAAUGGGGCAGUUGGAGCUGCUGGAGCUGGGCUGGCUGGCCCUCCACCUGACAGAAGAGGAGCUUCAUGGGCUGGAGAUCCCUGACUGGGGGGUCCUGGCUGUCCUGGGGGGGCUGGAAGGCUGGACAGAGAGACAGAUGCGAGCUGUGAGUAGCCGCCUCCUGCGCCAGAGGCAACAGAGUGGGCAGAGCCUGGGGAUGCUGGACUUGGUAGCCCUGGGCCACCUCCUGUGUGGACUGCAGGUGGGCGAGAUCCAGGAGCUGAGCGGCCAUGAGUUCAGCAAAGCGGCCCCCUUCGUGGGCUCUCUCAUGCUCCAUUGCUCAGAAGAGAAGCUGGAGGCCCUGGCUGGGCAGCUGGAGGGGCCCCUUGCCUUUGGUCCUGCGGCCUUCUGGGGCCCCGGCAUUUUCACUGAGAUUGGGACCCUGGCAGCAGGGCUGCCAGACCUCACCCUCUCCUCCCUGGUGCCAGAGCAGCUUCGAGCUCUGACCCCAUGCGCUGUGGCCUUGAUCCCUGCGCCUAAAUUCACAGCGGUGUUCAGCCCAGGCCAGAUCCGCAGCCUGACCAGCCUACAGGCCUCGGCAGUGACGCCUCAGCAGUCCCGGCUGCUCAGCCCGGAGCAGAGAGAAGCCCUGGCGCUGGCCCGCUGCGAGGGGCAGGCCUGCCAGGACCAGAGGGGCUGGAACAGAUCGGAGCGCUGCCACCCAGCUGUUUCCCUGCUGCUUCUUCCUUGCCUUCUGCUGUGUCUGUGGGGGGAUUGGGGCCUGCAAUAAAGCCUAUGGCUUGUGCCACAGCC